AGCACUGACCGGUACCAGACAUCACCUUCCCCAGCUUUUAACCUCCAGCCCUCCCUCGGCCCCUGUUCUUGGCUGCCUCCUAGCUGGCCCUGGGGGUUUUUUCAAACAUAUCUAUAUGUUAAAACCUGUUUGCACACUGCUCUGCAAACACUAACUCUGUGACUUAUUAAUCCCAUCGCAUGGGCAGCACCAGCAGCUUCUUGGUUUUCCUCUUCCCUGCCUUGGUCACAGGAAACAUUAAACCAGCUCAGGAGGGGCAGACAGACAGAGAGAGAAAAGCAGCGACAAUGGGAUCAGAUACAACAGGGGGAGAGGACGGACUCCGAGAUCAGGAGGGAACGAAAGACCGUCAGAACACAGAGGAGAGGACGUUGGAGAUUGCAGAUCAGACAGAGCGCACGCACUCAACUGAACUCCGAGAAGAGCCCCCAGACGUUCAGAGAAAUGAAAAUCCCUCGACAGAAAACACUGAAAGACACUAUCAAGGUGUUAACCUUGUGCUUCAACCGAAAGGUACCAGUGACCAAACUGUGACCACACUGGGCUAUACCAAUCGAGCCUACAUUGGGGAGCCUCCUCCCUAUUCACCACCAGAUCCAAAGAGCAUUCACCUUCUUUACCCAUCGUAUGGAAGCUCCGUCCCUGGACAGUUACCUGUCAGGUACCAGCCUGGGGUACCAGAGCCAUUCUUCUACCAGCAUCAGCAACACCAGCCUGCACCCUGUCCUUUCACCAUUUAUAACUACCCGUUACCAGGAGUGCAUCAUGAACAGAGACCACCACCAAAGGACUACAUGCUGGAGUCUGUCCUCGUGACUGUAUUCUGCUGCCUCCUCUCUGGGAUUUUAGCCAUCAUCUUUUCACAUGAGACCCGCCUGGCGAUUCAGAGAGGAGACUACCAUCACGCCGAGAGCACCUCCAGGAAGGUGCGGGGGCUGGUCCUGUUCAGCUUGCUCUUUGGGGUCUUUGUGUCCGUUGCCUGGGUCAUAUAUGUCAUUGUGGCUCUCUACUUUGUGUGAGGUACACAGUGAGGAACCUGGGUCAGGGGUCAGGGCAGCGUCCUCUCACCUCACUCUUGGAGCUUUAUCAAUACCCAGGUUAGUGACACAGGCCCUGACAUUAUCCUUGGCGGUGUUCUACAGCAAAUCCUGCACUGGGGUAACUGUUUCACUUUCUCACCAUAAACAUGGCAAAAUAUUUAAAAUACCAUCAAAACCUUCAUCUUUCUGAUCUUUAUUAGUCUGUGGGAGUCACUGGCUGGGCCCAGUAUUUAUUGCCUGUCCCUAGUUGCCCCUUGAGAAGGUGGGGAUG